GCCGUAUGAUGUUUAACAACGAUAAUCGUUAGACACUACAUUAUUCGGGUUACCCGCUGAAUGCGCAAGGUCUUAGUAUUGCGCAUUAAGGCACAAAGGCUAAAUUUGUUAUCAAGCGCGACUCCCUCGGCACAAGGGUAGCGGCUGGCGUUGAUAUCUCGAUUAUUCUAUUUGCCGCGGCGCGUAGGCGGUGCAUUUGUAAUCCUGCAUCUCAGCUUUGAAUGGCUGUAUCUGCAGGUUCUGACUCGGGAAUAUUUGGCUAGCACCAAUUAAGGCGAUAAUUCUUAUGGCGGCAAAAACGCGACGUGUCGUCUUGCGCGGCUGAAGUGUAUAAAUUGUUGUUUCCGUUGAAUUCUCUCCAUUUCCUCGGUGGCCGCUUGCAAAUUGCCCAAGUGCGGCAGCAAAUCACAAUGGCUGCUAAGCCAGCUCGGGGUUCCUGAAUCGGGAGCAUUCUGGCGAGCAGUCUGCCCAGUGAGUUGUACUUGAUCGAAAAACAAGGCUUCCUUGGCUCGCUGGGCGGACACAGGCGUUAAUAUCGUUAUCGAGCGCCGGGAUUUGCACGGGCUUUGCUCUGUUUGCCACUGGUCCGGGGCUGAAUGACUCGGGAGUUGUGUCUUUAUUGAUUUGUCCAGGAUCUGGAUCGCUUCCAGGCCGCGGACCCGAUCGAAAAAAAACCCGCGCUAAGGGGGUUUGUCAGCGGGGCUUCGGCUGCCUUCGCAAAGUGACGAUUUUCCCGAUUCCCAACUUUCGAGGCACGAUGGAACACUGACCCGGACCGGGCGACCCCAGCGACGACAAUGUUUGUCCACUAUGACGGACCAUCGAGCAAGAGGAGCACAAAGACGCGGAGAGCCGUCAACGCGUUCAAAGCGGCGAGGGGGGCUUCUCGCUCCCACGGUAAACAUGACCCGGCGAGAGGGACCUUUCAGUGGAUGCAUAUCCCCGAGGAUGAGUCGACAGGCGGGAAGGAUGCCUCGUCACCAACAAAAGCCCCUCACUCCGCUCAGUCGCAGUCACAGGCGCUUGUUAGGCCAGCGGCAGCGGCGCCGCUGACAAAAUAUCUGCUGGGAAGCGACAAGUUCUACCCCAUCCUGGAGAAGCGUGGAAAGGGCCCUCUGACAGCAGCGGCACUGAGCCACUAUUUCGAUAUCCUCCUUCCGCAUGAUGCGAACGCGCUCGGCCUCGGCGAUGCACGCAAGACGACGUAUGGAGCCGGACUCCUCAACUGGUUAGCCAACAAUGACGGAGUUCUUCACGGAUUGGCUGCCUUUGCUCUCUGUAGUAUGGACAAUGUUGGAAAGACAGACGAGAUCUAUCGAGCAAUUCUCCACCACCGCCAGAAGACCCUAGAAGACGUCCACCGGCGCUUGGAGCGGAACCAAGUGGAUGAUGUUCUCAUUCAAGAGAUAUGCUUGUUGAUUCCGAUAGACGAUUAUCUGGGGUACGUCGAGUAUGGGCCUGUGCAACAGAAAGGAAUGUCGGAUGUCAUUCGGGCCCGUGGUGGUUUCGACAAGGUGGGCAGUUCAGACGUCGUCGCGUAUGGGGAGAAUCUGCAAAGAAGCAUCCUCACAGUAAUGAGCAUGAUUGAGUUUCAUAUUCGGACCAGAAUCACAUCCGAGCCUUCGCACGUCCGACACUCAAUACCGCUUACACGAAGCCUGUCGCUGGAAACGCAGCAGCAGAUUUCGGCUCUGCCACCCGGAUUGCAGGACCUCUUCCAAGCAGGCAUCCUUUCCUUGCCCGUCUUGCCAAUUUUGAACAGCUUCCAGGCAUGGCUCGCGCAGUUCAAAGGUAUCAAGGACCAAGAACGGGACUCGUGGCGAUCGCCUGUCCCACCAGACCUCAAUAAUAUCGAAAACUGCCUCGUCGUGACUCUCGUAUGCUUAGCCGACGACACAAGCUCCAUGGGUCUGCAUCCUGCCGCGGCCAUCUUCCGCAAAGCCAAGCAGCGUACUGAAGCACUCACGGGCGUACCGGAGCUAUGGUCUGACCCAGCGCUGGUCGACUGCGCAAUCUGGAUGUCAACCGUGACGUCCAUACCACGGAAUAGCGAGAUCAUCGAGCCGAAUAUUCAAAAGGAGAUACUGAAGAGGUCGAUUGGCGGUCGGGUCUUUGCGCUCGAGUGGGGAGAGAUUCAGCGCAAGCUUAGACGGUUCUAUUACGCUGACUCGCGCGCGGGCGAUUGGGAGAGGGCGUGGAACAUAGCGCUAGAUGAAUUAUAGUUGUUGUCAGAGUAUAAUGAACAUUGAUGAUCUCAAGACCUGGAU